AUGCUGGAAACAUUUUCUGACAGAGGAAGCAUAUGGAGUGCAGUUGAAAUGAAUUGCGUAGUUGAAGUUUGGGGAAGAAGGGAGAUAGAAGCACAAAAUACCUGCAAAGGAUCUGGUAAUAAACAACUGUUCCAAAAGAUUAUCGCUGUAUUACAAGAAUUGGAUCAGUUGCCAGUUUCCAUAGAAGUACUACAGAGGACUGGAAUUGGGAAAGUGGUGAACACCUUCCGAAAGCAUGAUGGAGGGGUGUCUGAGCAUGCUCGAAAUUUAGUGAAGAAAUGGAAGGCCCUUGUGCAAGCUGCAAUGGAUGCAGAGGCUGAGAAAGAAGCAAAAUCUGUGAAGGAAUCUGAGAAUGUAAAUGGAAACCAUAUGCCAAAGAAGGAACACAUAACCAGACCAGAUGCAGACAUCAGCAAACCAGCACAAGACCAUCAACCAAAGGACUUAAACUGCAAUGUAUCUGAGAAGAAACCUAAACAAGCAAAUUCUGAAAUAUCACCGAAACGUAGAAAAACAACUAAGGAUGGAAGUAUAAAGAUAUCUUCACCUAAACAAACUAGUCCAGCAAAGUGUUUAUCUAAGGAUGGGAAUAUAAAAAUAUCUUCACCCAAAGUAAAAGAACAGACAUCAAAAGAAAAAGUACCGAUGUUAUCAAAGAAGUCAAAAGAUAAUGAAGAUGGUAAAGUCAAAACAAAGUUGAAAUCAAAACCAUCUUCUGAAAUUGAAUACGAAGAAGGACUUGAAUUUCAGAAUUCAGGUUUAUCAUUUGCAGAUUGCUUGGCUGGAGGGUUACCAGCUGAGAGUGUGGAUAAAUCAAGGUCAAAAGGUCAGUUUGAUCAUCAGAAAAGCUUAAAAAGGAAAGUAGACUCUACUUUAAAAAUCGAGAAAGGUAAUAGACCUAAGGCAGUCACUUCCCCCACCUCCUCCCCCUCUUCCUCUUCAAAAACAAAAAGUAAUGAUGUUACAAUGCCAAAAAAAGCAUCAAGUCAUGUUGUUGGAGAGAAGGAGACAAAAUACAAGACUGAACAGAAACAAAAGAAAGGAUGCACUGGAGGUACUAUGCAUAAGUCUGUAUCAAAUACUGAUGGGAAAGAUGAUAAUACUAAAAAAGGAUCCCAAGGAAGCAGUCAAAAUAUUAGCUGUCUGCACAAAAAUAAAACACAAAUUACAAAAGGAAAAACAGAUAAUAUUCCUGGAAAAAGUAAUGUAACAGAUAUUAAGAAAUCAAGUACAAACAAUUCUAAAGAUAAAUCACUCAAAAGUGCGGAAAGAUCAGAUAAAUCAAAAAUAAAAACGAACGAUGUGACUAAAAUAUCUUCAUCGCAGGAGCAUGUGAAAGCAAGUAAGUUGUCCGUAGAUGUCAAGAAGAAAGAUCAUACUAAAAAAUCUAUUGAGAAAUCAGUGAAAAAACAUGUAGAGAAGCCAAAUGAAUUAAAAGACAACAUACAGAAAAAGAAAAAAGAGAAAAGCGGAUAUUCAUCUGCGGAUAGUAGCGAAGAUGAAAUAUGUUUUGAAAAUACUGGUUUAUCAUUUGGGGAUUGUCUGUUUGGCGAGCCACCAGCAGCAACGAAAAAUCUCAAACGUACAGGGGAAGUAAAAAAGAAGAAAACGUUACCAAAACAAGAAAAACAUAAAAGUAAUGUGAUUAAAAAGACUAGCUCUAGUAAUAGGUCAGAGGUUAAGCAAAAUGAACCGAGUCAUCAAAAUAAAGACAAUGUUAAAAAUAGUACAAAGUUAUUGAUCAAAACAUCAUCACAAGCAGUAAGUAAUGAAAGGAAACGAAAAACAGAAGAUGUUAACAUGGAAAUUCCAUCUUCACGUAAAAGAAUCAAGGAUUGUUAUGAUUCAGGAAUAUUAUUACCUGAAAUAUCUACGGACUAUAAGCCAUUACGCCGUCCAGCAGCUGACGAAUCUUCACCCAGAAAGCGUUCCCUAGCUGCUGUUGAAGACAAUCAGCUUGUGUUUAAGGGAGCGAAGGAAUCCAGGACCAAGGUGUUUUCCGGCAAAGCAAGGGUACAUCUCACUGCUGUUCCUACACUGUUUGAUGCUUGUAUGCGGAUUUUGUGUGACAAUAUUGAUUUACUUGAGGAUGUUGGUGGUGUUCCAUUUGAUAUAUUGAAACCUGUUAUGGAGCGUUGUACUUACCAGCAACUUUACAGGAUUGAGGAAUACAAUCCACAUUUUAUCGAAGAUUCUGACUACUUAUGGCAAAAACAUGUUUUGAAAGAAUUCAAGUUAUCAAAACUGACUCGUGGUGAAACAUGGAGGCAAUGCUACCUAAGAAGCUUUGAUGAAAGGGAGCAAAAAUUCAAACAGUUAACUCAGAACAUAUCAGCUUCAUAUAAUGCAAAGAAAGACACAGGGCGUAAGGUCAUGUUAGCAUAUGUUGACCGUCCUGCCAAGGCUCCGCGCAACGUGAGACGGAAACAGGAACAGCAUGGCACAGCUGGCCCAGUUACGCCGCAUGAAGCGUUCGCCAAUCCUCACAAGAAGAGCCCCUGGGCUGUUCCAAGAAAUGAGGACACAUUUGAAUCUUCCAGUAGGCCAGCAAAAAGUACUAAGAUUAUAGCACCCAUGAUGCAGAAGACGUUACGGUUUAUCAAAAAAUUGCAGAAGAGAUGAUGUUGUGGGUGGUGUUUGAAGAAGAUGCAGUUUUCAUAGUGACAAUAUACAGGCUACUAUUUGGUAUGACACUAAGGAAAAAGAGGAAAGAAUUUUUUUAAAUGGUCAUGUGUUGUCUUCUGCAAUAGUCAAUGACUUUAGUAAUUCAAAUGGAAGUAUCUUUCUAGAAUUUCAAUGUAUUGUGCUUUAAUGUUGUCUAUUACCAAUUUUUUUAUAUGACAAAUACUUGCAUUUGCACAUAUAUCGUAAUAUGACAUCCUUAUGCCAGGACAAGUCACAAAUAUUUAGCCACACUCAUUUGAUAAUCAUUCUCAAUGAACACAGUGACUUAGCCACACUCAUUUGAUAAUCAUGCUCAAUGAACACAGUGACUUAGCCACACUCAUUUGAUAAUCAUGCUCAAUGAACACAGUAACUUAGCCACACUCAUUUGAUAAUCAUGCUCAA